AUGACGUUGUCUUCAUCCAUGAAAAAUGAGCAAGCUCAGGGGUUGAAGACGUACUUCAAGAACCCAUGGGGGCGGUACAAGUUCCAUUACGAGAAGACUCCCCAGUCUUUGCUCUUCAUACAUGUUCAUGUUAAAGGCAUGCAUUUGAUCCAAGGAAUCGGUGCUGGUAUUAUCCCUACUGUUCUAGAUGUCAAUAUGCUUGAUGAAGUUAUUCAAGUGAUAUCAAGUGAGGAAGCUAUUGAAACUGCUAAGCAGCUUGUGUUGAAAGAAGGCUUGUUGGUGGGGAUUUCAUCUGGUGUGGCGGCAGCUGCUGCAAUAAAGUUGGCACAGAGGCCAGAAAAUGCUGGAAAGCUCAUUGUUGUGGUUUUUCUUAGCAGCGGAGAGCGUUAUCUGUCUUCCUUGCUCUUUGACUCCAUCAGGCGUGAGGUAGAAAACAUGACUUAUGACUUAGGUGUUACUAAAAAUAUCUGA